UCUCACGCCCCCUUCAAACCGGCGCUUCAUUCAUCUCAUUUCCUCUCUCUCUCUACAACCUCCUUCCUUCCUCCGCCGCCCGACCCGAGAAGAGGGAGGACCCGGACCCGAAGCCGGAGCCCCGAGAGAAGGAAAUGGGCAAGGACCUGACCGACGACCAAAUCUCCUCCAUGAAGGAGGCGUUCACCCUCUUCGACACCGACGGCGACGGCCGGAUCGCGCCGUCGGAGCUGGGGAUCCUCAUGCGCUCCCUCGGCGGGAACCCGACCCAGGCCCAGCUCAAGUCCAUCGUCGCCGGCGAGGGCCUCACCGCCCCCUUCGACUUCCCGCGCUUCCUCGACCUCAUGUCCCGGCACCUCCGGGCGGAGCCCUUCGACCGCCAGCUCCGCGACGCCUUCAAGGUCCUCGACAAGGAGUCCACCGGCUACGUCUCCGUCGCCGAUCUGCGCCACAUCCUCACCAGCAUCGGCGAGAAGCUCGAGCCCUCCGAGUUCGACGAGUGGAUCCGGGAGGUCGAGGUGGGGCCCGACGGCAGGAUCCGGUACGAGGAUUUCAUCGCCCGGAUGGUCGCCAAGUGAGAAGCCUCCCGAAGAGAGGGGUAAUUUCGAAUUCGUCAUGUUUGGGUGUCUUUCGUGAACUCUUCUUUUCUUUUCUUUUCUUCUUUUCUUUUUUUUUUUCCGUCUUUUGGGCGGUGGUUGUUCUCUUUGGGAUUUGAAGAUUCUGUUCGAGUUGCUCUGCAAUGUUCAAUGUGGUAGAGUUUGUUUGUCCUCUUUGUUGUUUACUCUCUUUUUUCAUUCCUAAUUUGGCUACUGUGUUGUUAAUUUGUUCGAUUAAUGCAUAGUGGCUUGUCGGGCCCGAGGCCUGUUUGUUUUA